AUGAAUUAUGAGGAGAACGAAGACAGACUGAGGAAUAUGAGCUGGAUGAAUGAAACAAUGUCCCCAAAUCGUGAUCAAGCCAAUUCAUAUUACACAUGUAAUGGAAUAGACAUAAAACACAAACACCAAAAGAAAAAGGGUCGCCGAGAUCCGGUCUCGGAGAACAUUUACCUUCGUUUGCUGGUGAAGCUUUACAAAUUCCUGGUCCGUCGCACAGACUCCAAGUUCAAUAAGGUCGUUUUGAAGAGACUCUGCAUGAGUAAAGUCAAUCGUCCUCCUUUAUCCAUUGCACGAUUGAUACGUAAAAUGAAACCUUAUGGGUUUGAGGGCAAGAUAGCUGUUGUCGUGGGAACCAUUACAGAUGAUAAAAGGAUUUAUGAGAUCCCCAGGAUAACUGUUUGUGCGUUACACAUUACUGAUGGAGCCCAAGCAAGGAUCCUGAAAGCCGGAGGGGAGAUUAUAACUUUUGAUCAGUUGGCUUUGAGAGCUCCUAAAGGACAGCAUACGGUCUUGUUGCAAGGUCCACGGAAGGCCCGUACGGCAGAAAGGUACUUUGGUCUGGCUCCUGGUGUUCCUCAUAGCAAGACACGGGCCCGUGUUCGCGCUAGAGGACGCAAGUUUGAGCAAGCUCGCGGGCGCAGAAACAGCCGUGGAUACAGAGCAUAAAUAACCAAGUUGCAAGCGAAUGAAAAUAAAUGUUCCAAAAAUCUUGAA